ACCAAUGAGAACGCGCCACGCAACUACACUCUCCCUCCCCCACAUACGGUGAACCCCACCAGAACUCACCCGCGUCUCUCUCUUCUCCUCCUACUUGUUUCUGAUUCAAAGAUCUGCAACUCUCUCUCUCUCUCUCCCUCUCCCUCUCAUUUUCACAUGAUUUUCUCUCUCUAGCCAUGACGGAUCCAACUGAGCCAUGCACGUCUUCUUCAUUGGGGUCCACAGCAAGGGACCCAAGCACCGUGGUUCACCCAAGGCGCGAGCCCUUCGAACACGGUCUCUUGCCCAUUCCACGGCUCAUUUUCUCCGACCCGACGCAAACCCUAAUUCCCUUGAAGCAGAAGCUUCUAGAAUUAUCCUCAAACCAGCGAGUCAACUCGGCUGCAAUCUCCGAGUCCUUGCAGAUCUCCAUUGACCACGCCAGGCUUGUCCUCGAUACCUUGGCCUCGACUCUGCACUCAGACUCCGAACCUCUGGUCACCGCCAAGCUCGACGAAAUCGACUCUGUCGGCGUCGACGUUCAUGAUCUGCUUCUUUUCCUCUACAUUCAAUCCUACAAGAGGCUCCUGCCGCGGACUCACAAGGACUCCGCCGCCGUCUCCGACGUAUGGCCUUCCACUUCCGCCUUCGAUGGCUACUUGUCCGCUCUCUCGCCGCUUCAGCUUGUGCGCAGCAACAGUCGGCGGUUUAUGCCAUCGCAGGCUGACGAAGAGGCGCAUCAGUUGUCUUACCUGCAAAAGCACUUGGCUAACAUUCUGUCUCUUCUAGCAGAGCCUGUGGAGGGGGAAGGCGAAGAAUCUCUGGUUUUAACCAUGGAUAGAUUGGAGCACCUUGGGUUUCUAAUUCAGUUUGGUGAUAAGGGAUCUGAAGGGAAUUCAUUGAGUCAAUCUUCUCCUUUUUUUGCAAACUCGGAUCCUGACAUGCCUGCUGUUCCUGUUCCCGCUGCACAAGUUCAUGAUUGGCUCUUGCAGAAUAUAGCUUCUGCUUUGGAACAUAUUUCUGAACGGACUUCUUCAAAGGAAAACGGCCCAGCUAAUGCCUCUGAUCAGGAUGUUGCUAUGACUGAUGCAACUGUCUCAGUUAAGCUCUCAACAAGUACUAGAGGUGCAAUUUUUAUUGAAGGGAUCUCUAAAUCGUCAUAUAUGAAACAUGCAUCUGACAUUAAAGGUUCCUCUGUUAAGGUUCUAAAUUGCCAUGAGUCUGCCCUCUACAUCUUAGCACCUUUGAGAUAUGCGACUGUCUAUGGAUGUUCAGAUGCAACAAUAGUACUAGGAGCAGUUGGCAAGGCUGUGAGAGUAGAACACUGUGAACGAGUUCAUGUGAUUGUAGCAGCAAAACGUAUUUGUAUUGCUAACUGCCGUGAAUGUGUUUUCUUUUUGGGGGUGAACCAGCAACCUCUUAUUCUUGGUGAUAACCAUAAGCUGCAGGUGGCUCCCUAUAAUACUUUUUACUCCCACUUGGAGGAGCAUAUGAAUGAAGUUGAAAUUCUGCCCACGGUGAAUCGAUGGGAUGAACCUCUAGCAUUGGGCAUGAUUGAUCAUCAUGAUUCAUUAUCUCAUGCAGCAGGUGUCUCUGAUGUUCAAGCUGAGUCUGCUACACGGGUAGACCCUGAUCAGUUCACUAAUUUUGUGAUUCCAAGCUGGCUUGGAGAAGAGUCCGCUGGGUCUACAAAAGACAACCCGUUCACAUUACCAGAUGCUUAUAUGGCAUCUCAGCACAGAAAUCAAAAAAAUUUAGGGGAGAUAAGGCAACUCUUACGAGAAGCACCUUUAGAAGAAAGUCGUAAGCGAGAAUUGUCAUCUGCGCUCCAUGUGUACUUCAAGGAUUGGUUAUAUGCUUCCGGGAACAUUCGUCAGCUUUACUGUCUACAAGGCGAUUGAUCUUUGUCAGACGAUGCAAUGGUGCAGUUAAUGAUGGUACAGGACCAAUGUUUCUGGUUUCCUUUUUGAACCUCCUCUUCAAUUCCUAUUGCCAAUUCUAUUGGCCCCAUAGGUAGCUGAGAUCAGAUGACGUGAAUUAGAAUGCCCACCCAUUUAUGCGGUGACAUCUCCGGUGCACAGAAUGGAAUGAAAAUACAGUUGCUAAUCUGAUUGUAUUAUUUAUUUAUUUUUGUGAAAAUAAUUACUGUAAUAUUUUGUUAGCCUAAAUCAAUGGCCUUCAUGAAAAAUUCCACCUGCCAAGAUCUAGUGUACUGCUAGUCUUGCAACUUCGAGUUUUUCCAUUUAAUUGAACUCUCCGGGAAUUUCUGUUGUGUACUUGGGUUCUCUACGCUCUGUAAAUUCACUGUGUAGCAUUAACAUGUCUGAUUUACAAUGUGCGGGAGAUAGCUUUAGGACAAUAAAUGACUUA